AUGGCGGCGGCCUGUAGGACUGCACUUGCAGGGUUAAACGUUUUUCAUUCCUCCUUUUGUACACCUAAACAGGUAUGACGUCGUUUGAAUUAUUGUUAUUGAUUUCAUCAAAGGUAAAAUAUCUGGGUUAAUGUGACUUUCAGUUGUGGACUUUAUAGUCUGAAAGUGGAGCAAGAGACAGGAGUUGCUACCUAGCAUGCUAACGAAAGGUUAGCUCUGGUCCAUCGCGCGACAACUUUUUUUUUUUAUUUAACUAGGCAAGUCAGUUAAGAACAAAUUCUUAUUUACAAUGACAGCCUACAUCGGCCAAACCCUGACGACGCUGGGCCAAUUUUGCGCCGCCCUUUGGGACUCCCAAUCACGGCCGGUUGUGACACAGCCUGGAAUCGAACCAGGAGGUCUGUAGUGACGCCUCAAGCACUGAGAUGCAGUGCCUUAGACCACUGCGCCACUCGGGAGCAGUUGCCCAAUAUAAUUAGGAAUUAGAAUACUAGAAUGGACAUGAACCUUCUUAUGCGGGAAUAAAGGUCAGGGAGUUGGUCAACCAUGGUUUGGCAGUGCUGUAAUAGUGUAAAAUAAUGCAUUUUUAGAAUGUAUCUGCACUGCACUGCGCAGCCAGCCAGUUUGAGGAAUGAUUCCAUACAUUUGUCAAAAGAACUGCCCAUAAUAUGCCAACAUUACAUUCAAACCAUGCAGCCAAUCCACAGUCAUACACUGGCUGAAAUCAGUUGAUGAUAGGACUCAGACAAAUUGAUACAAGUACUGAUAUUGUAUCAUAUUAGCACUCACAGCUUUCCAAGAAAACAAAAAUAUCAAACAUUUAUGGUCUGUUAACAUAUAAGGCUAUUUAUACAGAAAAUUGGUAUAAAACCCAUAAACUAUUUAAUUACUUGACAAUAUUUUAGGUUGACUAAUUCUAUUACAACAUUUCUAAUAUCACAUUUUAUUUUCCUGCAUAAGGAAAAUCAGGGUUAUGCCUCGACUGCCAUUCAUUCCAAUUAGACUGGUUUGGAUUUCUCCCUGACCAAUAUGGCUGCCAUUUCACCCCAUUCUGAAGGUUUGACAUAGCCCCUCUAGUAAUUUAACAGGAACACUAUGGCCUCUACGCUCUGCUGCUUUCCAUUGAUACUUUUAAUAGAAAAUGUUUGUUUCCCCAACUUUGUUAAGUGACUGACUGGCUUCAAUCUUCUUUCGUAACUCACCAAAGUAAAGAUGUUGCUAGAGUGUUGGUUAACUUUUCUCUGCAUGCGUAGUCAUUCUUCUGUAGCCCAAAGGCCAGCUGAUGGAGAUAUUGAGUUGUUUCAUCUUACCGUCCAAAGGGACUGCAUGCAGCCGGCUAUACACUCAAAUCCCCUGUGGGCCGGUUCAUACUUAAAACAUUCUCCAUUCAGGCUGCAAAGGUGUCAAUUUCCUCCUUACCUCCAUUUAAUGGCAAAAAGGUGGGAAAAAAACAGGGAGAAUGUGUACUUUCUUUAUGAAACACCGUUUUCCACCACCAUGCUAGAGUGGCUAAUGCCUAGGAAUGCUAGAACCGGAUGUUGCGUAUCACGCUCGGCCAAUCAGGUUGCAGCAGUCUGUUGUUUACCAGUGGGCUGAAUGACGGGCGCAACAUCAGUAAGUAGCAUUAGCCACUCUAGCAUGGUGGUGGAAAAUGGUGUUUCAUAAAGAAAGUAUGCAUAUUUCCCCCGUUUUCUUUACUCCUUCCUCGCCAUUCAAUCGAGUUAAGGAGGAAAUCGACGCCUUUGCAGCCUGAAUUGAUCAUGUUUUAUGUAAGAACCGGUCCACAAGAGAGCCGAGUGUAUAAGCCGGCUGCAUGCAUUACCUUUGGAUGGUAAGGUGAAACGACUAUCGUCAUGUGCCGGCCUUUGGGCUAAGUCUUCUAACUACGAAGGACAACUUUUGAGCAGCACUUUGUGUGGCUCUGCCUCUGAUACACGUGCAUGCGUUGGAUCGACAUUACGAGCUGCAUGCGCAUCUGGCACAUGCGCGUGGACCAGAGGUAGAUCACCUGUAUGCUAUCAUCUGUGUAAUGCAUCUGAACUUGUUCAUGUCUGUGUUCCAGGCUCUGAGAAGCUGCUGGAGUGUGGUGGAGCAGGUCAGAGGGUACUAUGUUGACUGGAGAAUGCUACGUGACGUGAAAAGAAGGCAGAUGGCCUUUGACUAUGCAGAUGAAAGACUACGGAUCAAUGCGCUAAGGAAGAACACUGUUCUCCCCAAGGAGCUUCAG